AAUUUUAUCAUUCCUUGAACUCUGAAAGGUCUCGGCAUUCAUUUUAAAAGUGCUGAUAAGUGAUAUUUACAGAUCCUUGGGAGGGAGGGUAGCGAUCACGAUGAUUUUGAGGAAUAUUUAUUCAUAUUUCUCCCCCGAACGCGUGACCGUUUGUAAAAAAGUCUUGAAUGAAGGCUAACCUUUAGGUCGUGUCAUGGGUACCGUACCACAGGCGUCUCUGGUUUCCGGUUCGGAGCAAGCUCUGGGUCCAAUGUUAUGUGUGGUUUUCGCCGACAGUCAACUCGUUGCCUACUGAUAGGUCUAUCAAGAGACGAAUAAAUAUUGCUGAUUUACUGAUGGUCUUCGGAAAGUACCGGCCAAACCUACGGCAAUUUUCAACUUUAUCCCUAUAGGAAAAUCUUUCCCGUGGCCCGGUACACUUUUUUUCUAGCUUUACCGGUCUGUCUUCAAUUUUAGCGCCAAUCACAAACCGACAAUAAUCGUAUCCGCUGUAACCGAUACCACAAGUGAACCCACUCCAAGAUACUCUCAUCAGGAAAACUUUGAUAUCAUGCGUUGUUUGUACAAUUUGACUGCUGACAUUUUUCCACAAUCAUCGGCUGUAUUCUGUUCUGUGUUUGUAGACUUCAUUUCCUGGUCAUAUUAUCGUCCCGUUGACCUUCGAUGUCGGAAAUCCAUGUACACACCGCAGAAGUUUGGCAACUACAAACAGGCUGCUUCUUUGCCCUGUGAACGUCGUAUUCUCAAAAUGAAAGGCAAUUUCAAAAGCGGCCGUUCUAGUUUAAUUAAAUGAAGUAGAACUUUUGAAAAUUGGUUUACAACCAAAAUGUAUUGGAUUGGGGACCAUGUGCAUUAUGUGUGAUGGUAGAUGGACGGGGUACUGUAUUAUAUUAUGCUAUUUUCUACAAACAUUUUUUCAAAGUACAUCGUUUUGCUCGUAAAACGCUAGGUCGUCGUGCAUCGCCAUCUAUUUUAUUUGAUCAUUGUAAGCAUACUUGGUGUCCAGAUCCACUUUGGAACUGAACAAUAAAUAUACUUACGGUCGUAAACAAGUACUUAUAUAUUGGUGUUCUAAGGGGACGGGUUUUUCGAGUAUCCCCUGUAAGCUUUGACUAUCCUUUUAUAAACGCUGGUUUAGGAGUUCGUGCUGAAGUACCCGUGGGAUCCAAUCGACUGUCUUUUGUUCAGAGGGAUUUCGUUAGGGGAGAUUCCGUUUGAACUGUUGAGGAUUCAAGAACGCAGAGGAGCCUGCAAGAUGUCCUGGUACCGCGUGGUUGUGAAGACGGGGGAUUUGGUGGGUACUGGCACCGAUGCAAACGUCUACCUUGCCCUCUACAACACCGCUAAUGUCCGAUCCGAAAGCUUCAAGAUGGACAACCAGUCGAAGAACGACUUUGAGCGGGGCCAGGUGGACUUGUUUGCGGUCAGGUUGAAGCGGGCGGGCUUCGGUAGCAUCUCCCGGGUCGAGGUUUGGCGGGACGCGGCUGGGACUUUUGACGCGUGGCAUCUGGAGAAGAUCGAGAUCCACGAUGCUGGAGGGCCCUAGAGAAAGGGCGGGAGGUCCCUGGCUGUCUUGCCCGUGCAUCAAUGGAUUCUUCCCAAAAAGAAGAUGCAGUUUACCCUGUUCGAUUGCUGUUUGCCACAGCGAGAUCCUUUGGCCAAGACUCAGAGGAAAGAGGAACUGAAAUAUUCAAGGAAGAGCUACAAAUUCAAGCCUCAAGCAUUUGGACUUCCUUCUCAGGUACCCAUUCUGAGUACCUUACACUAUAGGUGUUACAUUUACACCUGGUCCAUAUGUUCACUCAUACGAGUUAAACUCGUAAAGCUACUUCAAAAUUGUUUUAUUAGCUAAAGCUUACAGUGCGACCUUCUUUCACCCCAAGUGCGGAUUGACAUCAUCAAUUUUUUUGAGGGGGGAGGGUUUUCAGAAAAUUUCCUGUUCAAAUAUUGAAACAGAAAGAAAAAAAGAACGACCCAGGUCUAACAUCCGGCCUCGAGUUCACACAUCGGUCUGUAUAUGUAGUCUGUUAUUAGCUUAUAUCAUCAGAAGUCAUGUCCGUCACUGGAUGAAGUUAUAAUUCCGGCAGAUCUAUUUCCGAUACAUUGUAAAAGUCACCCAUUUCACCACCUUGGGAUUUCCCGACCAAAUUGUCGAUUUACACUUCCAAGAGCCAUGUUCCCUGCCAUGUUUAUUUCUGUUGGCUUGCUCUUUAGCGGCCAAAGGUUAUCUACUUCUGUCCUAUUAUUGCAGAAGAGAAAGUUGGAAAUAUUCCAAGCAAUAUAGCAUUUUCACUGUGUACAGCUCUACAUGGACAUAGAUCUGGAUUCCACGUCCCAUGGUCCCAUCAUGUCUCAGUUGCAGUUGGAUAUCCAAAUUUUUGUUCAAUAAUUCUGAACCCAAGGUGCUUGCAUGACGCGAGGAAGCCAACAGAAACGUCACUGUAUGGUGACAGUGCAAGUUACUUGGGGAUGGGGAUUUCGGUUGGACAGUCAUUGAUGACUGUCUCGUAAGCUCGUGUGGGAUCUGCAUAAUCGCAAAAGAAUCGAACACAUUCUCAAUCCCAGGGAAUACUAAAAUGGUUCAUUCGACUGGUGUGUUCCUCUUUAUUCGUUGAAGCACAAAGUAUAAAUACUUUUCUAAGGUGGAUAUUUAUCAUUCGCAACACAGAAAACUUCACAUCAAUAGACUGAAGCUCCUCAUUGUCUGUCAAACUCCACAUCUAUAAAAACACUUUUUGGCCGAUCUCCCUCGGCAAAUGAUCAGUCCCUGCGUCACCGCAUGUCCUGCUCAAAAAUUUGCAUAUUCAUAUGAAGGCGAAACGCACUCUUUUUCCUGUUCACUGAGGCAAGGUAGAAUCGUAUUGUUGAUACAAGGUCGCUGUAUUAAAAAAGAGGUCAAACUGGAAUUCGCACGGGCAGUGUACUCGGUGUGUGUUGGGUGUGAAGGGUCGUAUUGGCCACUCUGCUUACGUGCAGACUCUUGUUUCGGGCGUUGUCAUUGCCGAAGAGAACCACUCGCUGAAGUUUAGGACGGGGGCUUUGAACUUUAAUUGACGACGGCAGUUCUUCAUCAUGUCCCGUCUUCUGUGUUGUUGUGGUAAUGGGUCGUCUAACGAUGUCUCCGACGGUCAGGCUACUGCAAUGAAAGAAGCGUCAUCCGACGAUAACUUGGCCGGUGCUCACACCCACUACAAGAUCCUUGUGAAGACUGGCGAUCGCAAAGGCGCUGGUACAGAUGCUAACAUCUACAUCAUCCUGCACAACGAGAAUGGAGUCACUUCCAAGAAGAUCAAGCUGGAUCGGCUGUUCCACGAUGACUUCGAGAGAGGGAAAACCGAUGAGUUUAAGGCCAAACUCCCAGCUGACUUCGGCGCUGUACAUGAGAUCGAGCUCUGGCGGGACGAACACGGUGCCUUCGACCCGUGGUACCUGGAGAAAAUCGAUAUCUUCGAGACGCCCAAGGAUGCCCCAGAGAAGGGGCCGUACGAGUUCCCCGUCCACCGGUGGAUUCCGGCCAAGAAGAGUGUCAUUUUCCGUCAGUAUGACUCACUGUUGCCUCAGCAUGACCCACGCAAAGAUUCACAACGCAAGGAGGAGAUGGAGGAAAUAAGGGAGAUUUAUCAGUUCAGGAGCCAGGCCCCUGAAGCAGGGUUACCUUCUCAGGUGGCCGAGCUGCCAAGUGACGAGAAGUUCUCCUUCGAUUAUUUGUUUGACCUCGUCAAGAGAAAGGCUAACCUACUCCUGCAAAGCAAACUGUCCAAGACAUUUACGGGCAAGUGGCGCAACCUGGAUGAUCUCAAGAACGUCUACCACGGGGUGUUCCCUAAACCUGAUGGAAUGCGGAUGUGGCGUUCUGACAUCGAGUUCGGUCUGCAGCGACUGAUCAGAUGCAACCCUACCCAAAUUCGACUCUUCACGGAAGUCCCAGAGAAGUUUGGUGUGACCGAUGAAAUGGUUGGACCAUUCUUGGAAGGCAUGACAAUCCAGGAGGCUAUCGCGAAGAAGAAGCUGUACUACAUCGACUAUGAAAUUCUAAAAAACCUUCCCGUUAAACAGGGAACACCGGUUGUUUCACCGAUUGGACUGUUCUUUGUGGAUAAGAACAAGCAUCUCAUGCCUGUUGCUUUGCAGUUGGAGCAACAGAAAGGACCAGAUAACCCGGUCUUUCUGCCCAGCGACCCGGAGUACACCUGGCUCUUGGCCAAGAUGUGGUUCAACUUUGCCGACGCGUCGUACCACCAGUCUUGCACCCAUCUGGGCCUGACCCAUCUGGUGAUGGAAUCCGUGGCGGCUACCAUGCAUUGCGCCCUCUCUCCUUCACAUCCGCUCUUUCGGCUCCUGGCACCGCACUUCCUGUUUCUCAUGGCCAUCAACAGCCGUGGUCUUGCUCUUCUGAUCUCAGUCGAUGGCUGGGUGGAUAAGACUAUGAACAUCGGACGUGACGGGAUGUUUGAGCUGAUUGGCCGUGCCUUCAAGCGUUGGCGCCUGAAUGUGGAAGGUACCAUCAUCAACGAUUUGAAGGCACGCGAGGUCGAUGACACCAAUGCACUUCCAGACUACCACUAUCGAGAUGAUGGAGUGCUGAUUUACGAGGCGAUGGAGAAAUACGUCAGAGUUGUUGUGGAAUCACAUUACGAAACUCCUGAUAUGAUUACUGGGGACUAUGAACUCCAGGAAUGGGGGCGUUUGAUGGCCACGCCCCAGGAUAACGGAGGAGCUGGUGUUCAGGGUAUUCCGGCAGACGGCAAGUUCGCCAACGUUGAGGAUGUUAUCAGCACUGUUACGCCUAUCAUGUUCACCUGUAGCGUGUCACACUGCGUGGCCAACUUCUCCCAGUAUGACGACUACGCCUUCCCUCCUCAUUAUCCUGCUGGCAUGAGGAUGCCCCCGCCUACAGAUAAGUCCCCGCGUUCUGAGAAGGACAUCUUAGACAACUUACCUGAGAAGAAUGUGACGGUCGAUGUCAUGACAGUCACUCGUCUGCUCAGUGAGAAGGCCACCAAUAGUUUGGGUGACUUUGAAAUGCAGUACGGAUUCUGUCCUGUUGCUGUCAAGGCCCUGGAACAGUUCCGGAAGGACCUAAAGCAGAUUGAGGUCAUCAUCGAUGAGCGAAACAGACAUCGGGAGUUUCCUUAUGAUUACUGCCAUCCCAAGGAGGUCCCAAACGCUAUCAGUAUCUAACUACGAAUCCUCUAAACUCCAUGGAGUACAGGGAGAGGAGAUAAAAUGGGCAAGUUUGGAAAAACCCAGCUUACCAACGCUCUGGGAAUAAUUCUUCGGUUUCACGACGAAGUGACGUAUCGUGGAUAGUUUCCCCACCACGACAUUACUUCGUGGUGAACCCGACGAAUGUCUGAAAGAAUUGCCUUGUAUUUCAGAAAAGAAAAUGCUGAUAAAGAAUUACUCAAUGUUUCAGGAAAAAAAAUGAAUGCGCAAAAAUGAAAUAAUAUGCGCCAAGUCGUAACAACUUUGAGGUUAUUACGUAGAUAUGCAGUUUUUCGUUUUUUCCAAAUAAAGGUUGGAGGUUAAAGAAAUCAAUUUACUGUUUCAGAAAUUCGUAGAAAGUGCUAGUUUUUGCUUUUGCGGAGCGGUCAAGUACGCUUUUUAAAACGUAAAAGUACUAGACACUCUAUAGCUUUUCUGUUUAUUGGAUACCGUACCUUACUAUUAAGAUGACACCUGCUAUGCAGUAUUAAAUAGAACAUGUAGCGUGCUUACAUAUGUAUGGCUUUUUGGUUUCACUGUAUCUUAAUAAACUGUACCGAAUUGUUGCUUCUCAAAACUAUACGGUUUGAAGCUUAUGACGUGGGCAUUUUGUGUCGAGUUUACGCAAUAUUUUGUCACGUACCGUUGUCUUGUUGGGAGGUUGGUGGUGCCUUGCAUGGGUUUAGGUUUUAGGUUUACAUGUGAUAAGUAAUUCCAAAUACAUUGUACAGCUAAAUAUUUUGGAUUGCAAAGUACUCAUACUUCAUACUCAUUCAGUAUACACGUAUGUUUUCCUUCAUUUUGUAAAGAGGGCUGUGGUGGUUUUUUUUCUAACCAUUUAGUAAUUCAAUUAUUGGGUGUCAGUUCCUUGCGAGUCCCUUUAUACGCGGAGGUUAAUUAUGGUUUCGAACAUUUUUUGAGUCUGGGGCUGCAGGAAACGUAUUUUUCUAAAAGACUAUCAAGUAAACAAUAUUGUUAAGCUACUGUUAUUAUUAAGCGAUGGUUGUGAGGAUUCAGUAGUUUCCUUCGGCGAUGCACAGGCGGUGCAGAUGUCUGGAUCGCAUCACCGGUGAUGCGGCGCAUGAAUGACUGGCUGUAGUUGGUAAAAACCAGCCGGUGAUUACCGGCCCAGUAUACGGUCUAACCAAGUAGCACCUUCGCGGCAAGACUAAACAACCUGUACAGGAUCGAGACAUUAUGAAUGACUACAUGUUACUUUGCAUUGAGUUGUAUGAUCCAGGAUUUGUAAACAUUUGUAAUAAAUAAGUCGCCAACAAUUCUUUUGACGCAAGAGUCUAUAAACUUUUCGUUGUAAACGGAAUUACGUAUUUUGCUGCAACAAUUUUUCCCCUAUAAACAGGACUCUGCACUCGCACUCAGAAGCGAAGAUAAGUUUGUUAAAAGCGAAAUUUUGUUCCUGCCGAGUUAGUAAUAAUGAUAGUCCAUUGUACAUACAUGAUUUUACUCUUUCUUUGCAAGAAGCUAGCUGGUUAAAGUAUUUCUAUUAAUACUCGAAAAGCAACACACUCUUUGUCGUUUAUUUAACUUGUACACGUCGGUUGAAUAUAGAUUUAUGGCUAGUUUUAUUUCCGAAUGUCUAGUUUUUGUUGUCUUCACCUGGGUUUGGACGACUUUUGAACAUUUCAGAGUUCGUAACUGUUUAUAAUGCGGCUAUAAGUUUUGAAUGCAAAUAAACAUAGAGCAAUUAUUUUGGGUGUAGUUAAA